AUGAUGAAGUUUGAAUAUUCUUUUCUCCUCCUCCUUCUUUUCGUGAUAUCUGCGGUGGCACAACACUCCGAGACUGGUGGCGACCCCCACUUUGUUACUUGGAGAAACGAGCACUACGAGUAUCAUGGACAGUGCGACCUCGUGUUGGCCAGUGAUCCGCUGUUUGCGGGUGACAUGGGAUUGGAAAUCCACAUUCGCACCAAGAUUGUUCGAUACUGGUCUCACAUCAAGACGGUUGCCAUUCGCAUCGGACACGACAUUCUUGAAAUUGAAGGGUCCGAAAAUAGCCAAGCUAACUACUGGCUUAAUUUUGAAUACCAACGAGAAUUGAAAUCCCUUUCCGGGUACCCAGUCACCCAAGAGGUUCAAUCAGAUCAUGAACGCUCUUAUAAUAUUGACCUGGGUUCUGGUGAACACAUUACUAUCCAGAUCUACAAGGAGUUUGUCCGCGUUCAGUUCUCUGGAGGGAAAGAUACCUUUGGCAACACGGUCGGUUUGAUGGGGGAUUUCAACUCGGGCAAGACCUUUGGCCGUGAUGGAGUCACUGUCCUCAAUGAUUUUAUGGAACUUGGAAACGAGUGGCAAGUCCAACCAAAUGAACCCGAGUUGUUCCAUGAGCUGACCCAUCCUCAGUUCCCAGAGGCUUGCCUUCAGCCGGAAGAUCCCCGUGGUAUCACAGGCCGUCGCCGCCGAUUGUCAGAAUCUGAUGUUUCUAUUGAAGAAGCGGAUAAAGUCUGUGCUACUUUGAAAGACCCGCUUUCCAUUAAGGAUUGUAUCUAUGAUGUCAUGGCCACUCAAGAUUUGGAUAUGGUCGGUGCCUUCUAA